AUGUCGAAUCGUCGUCUCGACUUGGCUGAUAUCAAAGCUCUGCUUUCAUCUGGUAACCGCAUAGUUCAAAGCCAGGGCUUCUCUAGUUUGAUAAUACACUUGAAACCGCCUUUCAAUAAUGCUAAGGAGCGGAUUCAUGUCUUGAAUAUGUUUUUCGAUUGCUUCACAAAUUAUGGGGAUAGCGUCUCGCAAUGGUGCUGUGAAGCGGUACCUUGUCUUAUUAAUUCAGGCCUUAUGACGUGGGAAGAUGUAAGUUCACAUUGCUUCGUUAAAUUGUGCAGUAAUGAAACUAGCGAGUCGUGCUGGGCAGUUCUUGUUCGAACCCUACUACACUCAUCCCCUUACUUGACUGGGAUCUUACCAACCCUGCAAGUUCUAAUAUGCAGUGGACUUUUGUCUCAUGCCGACGAAGUUCUCCUUCUUAAUUACGUUAUUUCUAAAGCCGAGUCUAAUGACAAAUUCCUCGAACAGUUUUUUGACCAUUUCAUAUGGAAGUAUCCCUGCCGUUUUCUAACCGGAACGGAUUUGAAGCCUUUUCUGGCUAAGGUCGAGGAUUGUUGGGCAGUGGUGGCAUCCUCCAAUGAGCUACUUGCUGAAACUGAAGUAUGCGGAUCCGUGAAGACAUUUUCAUAUCUAGAAAAUGUUUCGAACGAUCGCAACAUUGUUGAUUUUAUGAAUAUGUGGCUUUCGCUGCUCGUAAAUAUGGAUAUCACGGAAAAUUCUAUCACUUUUGCCGCUGCUUUGCUCCCCCGUUGUGGAGUCAAGAUGAUGGGCAAGUGCUUCAAGCUCAUUCAGGAGAUGACUGAACGCUGUCCCGAAGCAGUCAACACUGUCCUCAUGCUGUACAGCAUGUUGUAUGCGAAAUCGUAUUUCGAAAUCGACAGACGUUCCAUCCUCAAAGCUGUUAACGGUCUUUUCAUCAACAGGUUUGCUGUUACGCCAGUCGUCAACUUUCUGUCUAUUGUGUGUCGACAGCCUGGUGAGGAACGCAGUAUUGCAUAUGAUCUGCUUUGUGCUCUAGUUUCGAAAUUUCCCACUGCCUUCGACGCUGUGAAACCAUUGUCGCUUCCCGUUGAGUCGGAUAGUCUUGAUCUGCUUGAAUGCAAACUCCGGCUCAUGGCUGCGCUUUGUAUUUCAACUGAUCGAUCCGAUGAGCUUCUUCCAUCUCUCUCUCUUUUGCUGAAGAAGGAAGCUGCGGUCGUCAGGGCGGCUAUUAUUGUGGUCCUUGCUCUUUGCAAGGAAGAGAUCCUUGACGUGGGUACUAUUCGAAAGCAGUUGGGCGUUCGAGUUCGACAGACAGAAUUUGAAGCCGCUCUUGCUGGUUACUGUGAUAUUCUCGCCACGGGUGCGACUGCCUCUGGACAAGAUGAGACUUUUGCACAAGAAUGCGUGGUGGAGUUGUGGGAAAUCACUCAGCUUCGUAAAAAUUCUUCUGAUACUGAGGAAGCUCGAAGAGCUGCUUGGAUCGCAUUGGGGUCUUUCGAUGUUGCACUCAUUAAAAAUGUAAUCGAUGUGUCUGGAAGCAUUCUGGUUGACAUAUUCAAAGGGCUGAGUAAGAAAGAAAGAGAAGGGUUCGCGAUCUUCUUACAAAAACUGAUAUGCGCCGAGGUCGAGUCUCUGUCCCGUACUCUUUAUACUGGCCUACGCAUUCGCAAGAGUACUCUGGCAAAUAUUGUGUAUACACUUUAUAAUGCUUUUGGAAAGACCAAUCAAGAGGCGCCUUGGUUCUGGCUAGCUACGUUACCUCUUUUUUCUGUGAUCGUAGGUGAAUGUGGUGAGGGAGCAAAAGCAUUGCAGGCAACAAAGCUAAUGCGUCGACUUUUAAGAGAGGUACCUGCGGAGGACAGCAAUCUCGUUAACCUGUUCGCAGGGUGGAGAAUAUGCGUUGCAACUUUGCUCAGUAUCCAUGCAGAAUCUGGUGAUCUUGUGAGAAGCCGGGAUUCUAUUGUUGAAGAGUGUAGACGGUCAUUGAAGGCGAGCGAGUUGGCAGUAAAUAAUGUUGUUGUCGUGCUGGCCAUAUUGACAGGAGAGCUGACAAGAAUCAUGUAUCAGUUACCUACUGCCGAAGCAAUUAAUGCGUUUGAAACCUCAAUGAGACCAUGGGUAAUUUCCGUUCUAGAGUUCAUUUUUCCUAUUGUGUUUGAUGACUACAAACCAACAACUCCGCCAAUAGCAGAAGUUACUGUGCAGAAGCGUUGCGUAAAAACUGCUUUAGCUCGUUCAGCCGCGUGGAUGAUUUGUUCAAAAGCCUCUGCAGAAGUCAGAAGUUUUUUCGAUGAUGAUUUAUUUGCUCGUGUUGUGGACUGGCGAAUAGUUUCGAAGGCGGACCCAGAAGGAAAGUUGUGUGAUCUCUUGGCAGGCGAAGAGAUGGAUCUGUCUUGCACCAUUCAAAGGUCAGAACUGUGGCUAUUCGCAGCGGCCUUAGGAGCGGAUGAACUUGUCACCAACAGUCUGAGUCGGUCGCUCUCUUGUCCUGUAGACCCGGAAGAUAUCUUUGAAAAUUCUGUAGUCGAGAAUAGAACUGUGGACGAACUUUCUGAUUUUUUUGCAAAAAUCUCCAACUUGCCCCUACGCGUCUUUCAAAAGUAUGAGAGACGACUGAAGAAUCGCUUCGAUCAGAUCUGUAGGAAUGCUGGGGAGGAAAUGAAGAAGAAGUUUUAUGAAGUUCUACAACCAGGAUUGAAGGGAGAAGCGCUAGGAUAUGUUGCAGCUUACUGUGCAACAUGUGCACUAAACCUCGUCAAACUUAUGAAAAUUGCCGUUCUUCCGGAGAAGGAUGCAUAUUUGUAUAACUGUUCUGGCGUAUGGGUUUGUAAUAACAACUUGCAAGGCGUGGCAGCUGGUGAGAAGUCUCAGUGCGGAAGAGAAUGUCAGCAUGAACUGCUUCCUACCUUGCUUGGUCAUAUACGUAGCGAUGGUCGUCGUCUUCCACCGCUAGAUCUCCAGUUCAUGCUAACUUUGAUUGACUAUUGGAACAACGAGCAAGCUCGUCUAAAUCUGCUUCUGCUUGCCAUGGAGCAAAAAGAUGCGCAGAUAUUGUACGAACUCACUUCUCCGCAGUUGCUUAACACUUCUGCUACAUUCACUCCUUACUGGACAACAAUCUCGCAAAAUCUAUCUGCCCUUACAGUUCUACCUGCAUUCCGGGCUAAAGCAGUGUUGAAUGGUUUAUUGCGUUUCGCAUUACAAAAUGAUGAUGAGGGGGACGGAAUUCUUUCCCGUAUCAAAGAUAUCAAAAGAAGUCAGGUGGUUUUCGACUGCUUACUUGCCCAUGUUCCUACUUUCGACACUUCGGCUGAUCUUAUGCACAAAACACUCAACUCGGGUGUAGUCGAUCAGCGAUUCCAUGGUCGAGUUUCGAAGAAUUUCGAUUUUUGGAUGGAAUGCAGUGGGCUGGCCGAAGGAAAGAUAUCUAGCCUGGUGGACAGAUUCGCGGAAGAAGCUCCAAAGUCGAAUGUGAUGCUGUCGAUUUUCGGGUACUGCUCUAUAUUUAUUUCACUGCAGAGCCGUCUUGAUAAGCUUGUUGAUUUACUAAGUGUCGGCAAAAUGCUGCUGAGUUGUCAAAGGCCAGCGAAGAAUGUUGAGGCUGUUUUGAAAUUCCUCCUAGCUUUAAUAUGCUCUACGUGCUCAGAUAUACCACUACAUUGGCUUUCCCAAGACGUAGAUGUCUUAAUAUUUGCUCGGUGGCGAUACUAUUGGAAACGUAUUGUUAAGAUCCCUCAGUUUUGUGAGCAUUUCGAUAUUAUUGUUGCCUUCCUUAUUCCGUGCCUUCUAAUGGACGAUCUAGCUCCACCUGCGCAUAAUGCAGUGAAAGGCAUGCUUCUAUAUAUUUUGGCAUCACAACCGGAAAUUGUUCGUCGACAUCUCGAGGAUAAACAUGAUGUCUGGGAGAAAUUGGUAUUGUAA